CGAAAACAGUGAAGUCUUCCAUAUCGGUUCAAGGAGGCUCUCGAACGGGCCGACGAUCGUGUCGCAGAUGGUGGUCGUAUCGAUAAAGAGACAUCUCGAUUCCUGGAUCUCGCGCAGUUCCAUUGCAGAAAUAUAAAAUUCGCAAACAGAAAUUCGUGUAUUGAAGUACCUUAGAACGAGGAAUAUUUUUAUAAGUGAAGAAAUAUAUACGGAAGAGAGCUCGAUUGCUGGUAAAAUUGGAGGAGAUAUGCAGAUCAAAGAUAAACGAGUUAUAAUAAUUGGAGCAGCAAGUAAUGUGGGUUUGGCAUUUAGCAGGGAGCUUCUGCGAAAUGGCGCUUUGAUGAUAGCUAUGAUUGAUAUACGACAAAACCUUGGAGAACAAGCUGUAGAAAGUUUAAACAACGAAUUUGGGCGUAAACGAGCUGUAUUUCUUCAUUGUGACGUAACAAAUAAUUCCGAAUUUGAUGCCACGUUCAAAGAGGCGAUUAAUAUUCUCGGCGGAGUGGACAUCUUUAUAAACAAUGCAGGUGUAAUAAAUGAAACUGACUUUUCCAAAGCCAUCGAUGUUAAUGUGACAGCUGUGAUUCGUGGAACUCUUUUGGGGAUUCAACAAAUGCGAAAGGACUCAGGAGGAAAGGGUGGUGUCAUCGUCAAUAUUUCGUCUAUUGCUGGAUUACGAGCCGUUUCGCAGCUUCCGGUAUAUUCUGCUACGAAGCACGCCGUAGUUAGUUUCAGCCGUUCCUUUGCACAACCUUAUCACUACGAGAGGACUAAUGUAAAAGUAAUUGUUUUGUGUCCCGGUUUGGUCGAUACAUCAGCCAUAGAUGAUUUACCACAGGGUAUUUCGACCGCUGAUAUUUUGCAGAAUUAUCAGCCUCAAAGGGUGGAAAGCGUCGCUCAUGGAUUGAUAUACGUAAUUCGAUGCGCGCAGAAUGGCAGCGUGUGGAUUAGCGAGGAUGGAAAACCGGUUUAUGAGGUGCAACUUCCCGACACUUUGCCGCAGAAGACAGAAAUCGACGCAGAGGAUAAGUCACUAAUAUGAAAUUGAUCGCAGAUUGAAUAUUCUGUAUUCAUUGAGCAACAAACAAAAUGGAGUCAAAUUGCUUUUUUGUUUA